AUGACGGCCUCACACGCCCCGAUGGACGUCGACCCUCCAGCAUCUUCCUCGUCCUCGUCGGCCAACACGGUCGACAUCCCGCAGCAGGUCGGCGACUUCAAGCUCGUCGUGCAGGACCAGCUCGAGUUUGCGCCGAGCGUCCAUGUCGCCAAGUGGCAGUCGGAGAGCACGGGCUUGAAAGUCGUGUGGGCUUCGAACGAGAGUCCGCUCGUCCAGGGCUACUUUUCGGUCGUCACCGAGAUCAUGGACGACUCUGGCCGACCUCACACUCUUGAGCACCUCGUCUUCCUCGGCAGCGAACAGUACCCGUACAAGGGCGUCCUCGACACGGUUGCCAACCGCAGCUUUGCCGAGGGCACGAACGCCUGGACCGCCACGACCGACACGACCUACACGAUCGCGACCGCCGGCGAGGAGGGCUUCCUCAGCAUCCUCCCCGUCUACGUGGACCACAUCCUGUACCCGACCAUCACUUCGGCGGGCUUCACGACCGAGGUCUACUGCGUCAACGGCAAAGGCGAGGACGCUGGCGUCGUCUUCUCCGAGAUGAACGGUCGCGAGAACGGGAGCGGCGACUUGAUGGCCCUGAGGCAACAGCGCGCGCUCUACUCGAAGGAGAACGGCCUGAGGAGCGAGACCGGCGGCCUCAUGGAGGCGCUGCGGGUGCUCAAGGUGGAGCAGAUCCGCGAGUACCAUGCGUCGAAGUACGUGCCGCAGAACAUUACCCUCAUCGUCAACGGCCGGUCGCUCAACCCGACCAACCUCCUCAACACGCUCACCGACAAGGUCAUCCCGUCGAUCGUCGCGCACGGCCAGGCGCAGGGCAAGCGCCCACGAGGGUGGGUUCGCCCAUUCGUCGAGACGAGCACGGCCAAGAACCCGCCCCGGCUCACCGAGGACCGCACCGAGGUCGUCGACUUUCCCGAGAAGAGCGAGGACGUCGGCGAGCUCAUGGUCAGCUGGAUCGGCGUCGAGCACAACGACUACCUGCACGACCUCGCGCUCGAGGUCCUUGGCCUGUACCUCACCGACUCGGCCGUGUCGCCGCUGUCGAAGGAGUUCAUCGAGGUCGACGAGCCGUCCUGCACCGACAUCACCUUCUACGCCUCGAGCGAGAACCCGACCAUCAUCACGUCGUACAUCUCGUCGGUCCCCUUCGCCGAGCUCGACACGCUCGGUCCUCGUUUCCGCAAGUCGCUCGCCCGCAUCGCCGAGGACGGCGUCGACAUGAGCCGCAUGAAGAGCCUUCUUGAGCGCCAGGCGCUCCAGCUCUUCGAGUCGAUGGAGACGGACGCGAGCGAGGUGCUGAGCCAGGUCGUCGUCACCGACGGUAUUUGGGGCAAGGAGGACGGCUCGGACCUCAAGGGUGCGCUGCAGGUCAACGCGCAGUACAAGGAGCUCAAUAGCUGGUCCGCCAACGAGUGGGGCAAGUUGCUCAAGAAGUUCCUCGUCGACGCUCCUGCGCUCACCAUCGUCGGCAAGCCGUCGGCGUCGCUCGCCAAAAAGAUCAAGAACGACGCCAAGGCGCUCGUCGAGGCCAACAAGGCCAAGUACGGCCCCGAGGGCCUCGCCAAGCUGCAGAAGGACAUCGAGGCCGCACAAGCCGAGAACGACAAGCCCGUCCCGUCCGACAUCCUGCGCAAGUUCAAGGUGCCCGACGUCGCCGGCAUCGAGUGGAUCAGCGUCGACACGGCGCGCAGCGCAGGCGUCGCACAGACGGCGGGCAAGCCCAAGGGUCGUGCGCAGGACCACGUCGACGCCGACGGCGCCGAGCUGCCGCUGUUCGUCCAGUACGACCACAUCGACUCGCGCUUCAUCCAGAUCGCCAUCGUCCUGUUCCCCAACGACGUCGAGGGCUUCGACCCGGCCAAGCUGCGCGCUCUCCUGCCCGUCUACCUCGACGCCUUCUUCACCCUGCCCGUCACUCGCGCCGACGGCACCAAGCUCGAGUUCGAGGAGGUCGUCAAGCAGCUCGACGCCGAGACGCUCACGUACAACAUCAACGUCAACGAGCCGCUCCAGGAGGGCAUCACGCUCCGCAUCAAGGUCGCCAAGGAGAAGUACGAGACGGCCAUCGCCUGGCUGAGCGACCUCCUGUACAACUCGACGUUCACCGAGGAACGCCUGCGCAUCUCGGCGGCCAAGGCGCUCCAGGCGAUCCCGGCCGAGAAGCGCGACGGGCUCGAGGUGUCGUACGCCGCCUACCGCAAGAUGAUCAGCCAGGAGGUCAGCUCGAACGUCGCGCUCAACCUGAUCAACCGGUCCGAGUUCCUCCCGGCCUUUAUCGAGCGCCUCAAGCAGGAGCCGGACGCCGUCAUCAAGGAGUUCGAGGCUUUCCGCCAGGGCUUGACCGACCCUCGCGCCAUGCGCGUGCACGUCAAGGGCGACAUCCUCGGCCUUCCCAAGCCGUCGUCCGCCUGGCUCGAGCACUUCAAGAGCAUCAAGCCUUUCCCUGAGAACGAGCUCGUCCCGGUCCGUCGCAGCAAGGACGUCAUGGGCCCCCUCGGCAAGGAGCCCUCGAAGAAGCUCGUCGUCACCGGCGUGUCCUCGAUCGAGAGCACAUUCGCGUACUUUGUCGCAAAGGGGCCAGCGUCGCGUGAGGACCCCGACCAGGCCGCUCUCACCGUCACCCGCGCCGUCCUCAACGCCAUGGAGGGCUUCUUGUGGAAGUACGUCCGAGGUGCAGGUCUCGCCUACGGCGCCUCGAUCAGCCAAGACCUCGAGAGCGGCCUCAUCAUCUACCGUGUCUACAAGUCGCCCGACUCGUACGCCGCCUUCGUCGCCGUGCGCGAGCUCAUUGGCCAACUCGUAUCGGGCAAGCUCGAGAUCGACGACCUGACGAUCGAGUCCGCCAAGAGCUCGCUCGCGUACCAGACCGCCGCCAAAGAGUCGACCAUCACUGAUGCGGCCGGCGCCUCGUUCACGAACGUCCUUCUCGGUCUCCCUGCUGGUUUCGGCCGCAAGCACCUGGCCGACUGCGAGAGCGUCACGGCGUCCGACAUCCUGCACGUCAUCAAGAAGUACAUCUCGCCCAUCUUUUCGCCCGACACGUCGAUCGCGUCGGUCGCGUCGGGCCUCGCCAAGCUCGACGAGCUCGCCGACAAGUUCUCCGAGCUGGGCUACGACGUCGAGAAGCGGUCGAUGGCGACGGCCAAUGGCGAGGAGGAGAGUGGGAGCGAGGACGAGUCGGGGAGCGAGACGGGCAGUGAGAGUGGGAGCGAGUCGGAGCGGGACUGAGAGGCAUAGAUCCGCGAUGAGCUGUCAUUUAGCCGCAACGCGCAACGUACCUGUAACACGAGGUCGUUCGUGCGAC